AUGCCGGCAACUUCUUGGCAGUUAUAUGGGAGCUGCCGCAAACCUCCUGAGAAGGUCGCCUUCCUCCCCGACUACAACAACCAGGCCGACACCACCUGGUGGCAGAGCCAGACCAUGCUGGCCGGCGUGCAGCACCCCAACACCGUCAACCUCACGCUGCACUUGGGAAAGGCGUUUGACAUCACAUACGUACGUCUGAAGUUUCACACCAGUCGGCCAGAGAGCUUUGCAAUCUACAAACGCACCAGGGAAGAUGGUCCGUGGGUGCCCUACCAGUAUUACAGCGGAUCCUGUGAGAACACGUACCACAAAGUCAAUCGGGGUUUUAUUCGGACUGGGGAGGAUGAGCAGCAGGCCCUCUGCACGGAUGAGUUCAGUGACAUCUCUCCCCUCACUGGGGGCAAUGUGGCUUUCUCAACGCUAGAGGGGCGUCCCAGUGCCUAUAACUUUGACAACAGCCCUGUGUUACAGGAAUGGGUGACGGCUACUGAUAUUAGAGUGAGCCUCAAUCGCUUGAACACGUUCGGAGAUGAAGUUUUCAAUGACCCAAAAGUUCUCAAGUCCUAUUACUAUGCGAUUUCUGAUUUUGCUGUGGGUGGUAGAUGCAAAUGUAAUGGUCACGCAAGCGAGUGCGUGAGGAAUGAGUUUGGGAAGCUGGCGUGCAACUGCAAACACAACACGUUUGGGGAAGAUUGUGAAAAGUGUCUUCCUUUCUUCAAUGAUCGUCCAUGGAGAAGAGCAACAGCAGAGAGUGCCAAUGAAUGUUUGCCCUGUAACUGCAAUGGAAGGUCGCAGGAAUGUUACUUUGACCCUGAGCUGUACCGCUCGACAGGCCACGGUGGUCACUGCGUAGGCUGCCUGGAUAAUACUGACGGUGCCAACUGUGAAAGGUGCAGGGAAAACUUCUAUCGCAUUGGGAGUGAGGAUGGGUGUCUACCAUGUAAUUGUAAUCCAGUUGGCUCCCUCAGCACUCAGUGCGAUAGCUAUGGCCGAUGCAGCUGCAAACCUGGAGUGAUGGGUGAUAAGUGUGACCGGUGCCAGCCGGGAUUCCACUCCCUCUCUGAGGCUGGGUGCAGGCCCUGUUCUUGCAAUUCUGCCGGCAGCACAGAUGACUGCAACAUUGAAACAGGACGAUGUGCUUGCAAGGACAAUGUUGAAGGAUUCAACUGUGAGAGGUGCAAACCUGGAUUUUUCAAUCUGGAUCCGUCAAAUCCAAGAGGCUGUACUCCCUGCUUCUGUUUUGGACACUCUUCAGUCUGCACCAAUGCCGUUGGUUACAGUAUCUACAGCAUCACUUCUGACUUCCAGUUUGGAGAGGAUGAGUGGCAUGCUGAACAACGCGAUGGCUCAGAAGUCUUACUCCAGUGGAGCGCAGAGACCCAGGAUAUCUCUGUGAUCUCGGACAGCUAUUUCCCCAUGUAUUUUGUUGCACCACGCAAGUUUUUGGGCAACCAGGUUCUGAGUUAUGGUCAAAACUUGACCUUUUCCUUUCGAGUUGACAGACGGGACACUCGUCUCUCUGCAGAGGACCUGGUACUGGAAGGAGCUGGGCUGAGAGCGUCAGUGCCUCUCAUUGCUCAGGGCAACUCCUACCCCAGUGAGAACAUGCUGACGUACGCUUUCAGGCUCCAUGAGGCCACAGAUUACCCAUGGAGGCCUACUCUUACUGCGUUUGAGUUCCAGAAGCUGCUUCACAAUUUGACCUCUAUCAAGAUUCGUGGGACAUACAGUGAGAGAAGUGCUGGCCACCUGGAUGAUGUUACUAUCACAAGUGCUCGCCCUGGGCCCGGCUCGCCGGCACCCUGGGUGGAGAGCUGUACCUGUCCGGCAGGAUACGAGGGGCAGUUCUGUGAGCGCUGCUCCUCUGGUUACCGGAGAGAGACGCCUAGCCUUGGGCCGUACAGUCCCUGUGUGCCUUGUACUUGCAAUGGACAUAGCGAGACCUGUGAGCCAGAGACGGGCGCGUGCAAUUGCAGGGAUAACACAGCAGGUUCUCACUGUGAGAAGUGCAGCGAUGGCUAUUACGGAGAUGCAACGGCAGGCACUGCCUCAGAUUGCCAGCCCUGUCCGUGUCCAGGCAGCUCGAGCUGUGCCAUUGUGCCCCGCACAAGGGAGGUUGUGUGCACCAACUGCCCCGCUGGUACUACAGGUAAAAGAUGCGAGUUGUGUGACGAUGCCUAUUUUGGAGACCCGCUGGGUGAAAAUGGUGCUGUGAGGCCUUGUCGUCUCUGCCAAUGCAAUGAUAACAUUGAUCCCAACGCCGUGGGGAACUGUAACCGCCACACAGGUGAAUGCCUGAAGUGUAUCUACAACACAGCUGGCUUCUACUGUGACCGCUGCAAAGAGGGCUUCUUUGGGAACCCCUUGGCCUCCAAUCCUGCAGACAAGUGCAGAGCUUGCCAUUGUAACCCCUAUGGCACGGUGAAUCAGCAGACAAGUUGCAAUCAAGUGACUGGGCAAUGCGAGUGCCUCUCUCAUGUCACUGAGAGGGACUGCAGCGCCUGUGAGCCUGGCUUCUAUAACCUCCAGAGCGGACGUGGCUGUGAGAGGUGCGACUGCCACGCGCUGGGUUCCACCAACGGCCAGUGUGACAUACGAACAGGGCAGUGCGAGUGCCAGCCCGGCAUCACAGGCCAGCGUUGUGACGCAUGCGAGGUCAACCACUUUGGAUUCAGCCCUGAAGGCUGCAAACCAUGUGACUGUGAUCCUGAAGGUUCACACUCCCUGCAGUGCAGGGAGAAUGGUCGCUGUGAGUGUAAGGAAGGCUUUGUGGGGAACCGCUGUGACCAGUGUGAAGAGAACUAUUUCUACAAUCGGUCGUGGCCAGGAUGUCAAGAGUGUCCUGCGUGUUACAGACUAGUAAAAGACAAGGUGGCAGAGCAGCGAGAGAGGCUGCAGGAGCUAGAAAACCUUAUAGCAAACCUUGGUACAGGAGAAGAAACUGUAACUGAUCAGGCCUUUGAAGAGAGAUUAAAGCAGGCAGAAAGAGAUGUUAUGGAUUUGCUCCAAGAAGCACAGAACAGCAAAGAUGUAGAUCAGGGCCUCAUGGACCGUCUGAAAGACAUCAACAGCACGCUAGUGAGUCAGCUCAGCAGGCUGCAGAACAUCCAGAACACGGUGCGGGAGACAGAGAGCCUCGCAGAGCAAGCCCGGGAGCGGGUGGAGGACACCGAGGACCUGAUCGGAUUAGCUUCCACUAUGCUUGAGAAGGCGAAGAUGGCAGCUGACAACGUGUCCAUUACACCCCCGGAAUCAAGUGGUGACCCUAACAACAUGACUCUUCUGGCAGAAGAGGCCCGUAAACUGGCUGAACGGCACCAGCAAGAAGCUGAUGAUAUUGUGCGUAUAGCCAAGGCAGCAAAUGAUACUUCCUCAGAAGCAUAUCAACUGCUGUUGAAGGCCCUGGCUGGAGAGAACCAAACUGCAAAUGACAUUGAUGAGCUCAACCUGAAGUAUAAUCAAGCCAGAAACAUUUCUCGCGAUCUAGAGGAACAGGCAAACAAAGUACUUGCAGAAGCAGAGGAAGCUGGGAACAAGGCCUUGCAGAUCUACGCUAAUCUCACCAGUCUGCCUACUGUGGAUUCCACAGGGCUAGAGAAUGAAGCAAAUAAGAUCAAGAAGGAAGCAGAGGAGUUGGAUCAGCUAAUUGCAAGGAAGCUGAAAGAUUAUGAGGACUUGAGAGAAGACAUGAAAGGAAAAGAGCUGGAAGUGAAGAACCUCUUGGAGAAAGGGAAGACGGAACAGCAGACUGCAGACCAGCUCCUGGCUCGAGCUGAUGCAGCGAAAGCUCUGGCUGAAGAAGCUGCUCGGAAGGGAAAUGGCACGUUAGAGGAGGCCAAUACCAUUCUCAGCAACCUGAAAGAUUUUGAUAAACGUGUGAAUGAUAAUAAAACAGCAGCUGAGGAGGCACUGAAGAAGAUUCCUGCCAUUACCCAGACGAUAGCUGAAGCCAACAAUAAGACACGCCAGGCAGAGCUGGCGCUCGGCAAUGCUGCUGAUGAUGCCCGGGAAGCCAAGGCUAAAGCAGAUGAUGCUGAGAAAAUCGCCAGCUCUGUUCAGAAGAAUGCUGCUGCUACCAAAGCUGAAGCUGACAAGACUUUCUCUGAUGUGACGGGACUGGCCAGAGAAGUGGAUGACAUGAUGAAGCAACUGCAAGAUGCAGAAAAAGAGCUGAAGCGGAAACAAGAUGAUGCUGAUCAGGAUAUGAUGAUGGCAGGCAUGGCCUCGCAGGCUGCCCAGGAGGCAGAAGACAAUGCAAGAAAAGCGAAGAACUCUGUAAAUAGCUUGCUUGCUGUCAUUAAUGACCUUCUGGAUCAACUAGGGCAACUGGAGACAGUGGACUUGAACAAACUGAAUGAGAUUGAGGGUACCCUGAACAGUGCCAAAGAUCAGAUGAAAGACAGCGACCUGGACCAGAAAGUGUCUUUCCUUGAGAGAGAAGCCAGGAAGCAAGAUGAUGCGAUACAGGCCUACAACAGGGACAUUGAGGAAAUCCUGAAAGACAUUAGCAACCUGGAAGACAUCAAGAAGACCUUGCCGUCUGGCUGUUUUAACACCCCGUCCAUUGAGAAACCCUAAGGGUGCACUGGGGGUGGGGGUGGGUUCCCCCAGUGACUGGUGGAGCAAUUGUUUGGCUAUGGAGUGCCUUAACACAUUACCUUCUUCAAAUCCCCAACUCUUUGCUGCUCGCAGUCACAGUUUUCUUUCCAAAUCAGGAUAAGUUGAAAAGUUUUAAAAGAGAAGCAAAUUAAAUAUCCGUCUUUGGGCAUCAAAGGGGUUUUAUAUAAAUUGUCUUCCUGAGCACUCCACCUUUGCCCCUUUCUCAGACACGGUUUCCCUUUGAUUAGCAUAAAGAUGAAAGAUGUUCUGGACUCUUUAUACUAUGGUUCGGAAAUAACCAUGUGAGCUGUAUACAACAAGGCAAAACUAACUCUACUUUCUCUCCUCUCUUCUCCCCUCGACUUUAUGUAAAAUCCUUGGUCCCAGAGCGCUCUGUUCCUAUGAAGGAAGGGGGUUGGCUACCAAAGUAUUACUGUAAUGGCCAGUAUAGCUGCACUCAUUCAGAUCCCUUUCCUCCACUUCUAACCCUGUGAAUUUUUUUUUAAAUGUUAACUAGUGGCCAAUCAAAAGCAUUGGUAGCCUUUUAAAAAAUAUAUUCUAAGCCUCUUUCUGAAAUGCUUUCUAUAAUGAUGCAUUGCUCUGAGAAAAACGCAGCCUCUGAGAGGAGCGUUUUGGGAAGAUGGGAUAAUAAGAUGGAGUGAUAGGACUUGCCAGCGCUACUCUUGGCCUGUGGAGCAGAAAUGUUACGUCCAGUCUGUAAGCAGCUACCUGUCAGGUAGUCCAGGCUGAGGAGUCUGCAAGUGAUCAAAUGAGUUCCCAUCUGUAGAUGUUGCGAUGGAAUUGCCAGAGGAUCUUUUUAGAACAGAAAUGACUAAUUGACAGAUUUUUUUUUUUUUUUAAAGCAGCAGAAGUCUAGCUUAAAAAAAAAAAAAAAACCUGCCAUCCAGAGAGCUCUGACAGCUGGCCUGAACUUUAAGUUGAAUGUCUUCGGGUGGGGAGAAAGAGGGUUUGAAGAUGUAAAUGAAGAGGUGUUUGUCCCCGUCUUCUUCCUGGAGGAGGAUAGUAGCAUUUUUAUUUUUUCUGGUGUUCAUCUUGCCUUUUGUCCGUUUUUAACCUGAUGGAAAGAGCCAAAGUUUACUAGUGCCCUUCUUUCUUUUUACCUGCAGAUCACCUGGUCAUCUUAAAAUACUGCGGCACCGAGAGUUCAGGCCUCGCUCUGGUGGCAAUUCUGCACUCACAGUACUUCACAUAGCUACUACUGCCUCCCCUGUAGAGUUCUUCUCCAGUUAGUGUCUUCCAUUCCCAGCUACUUAAUCUGUCUUGUUGGGACGCAGUGGUGGGGAAGCUUUCACUCCUCCUUUUAACCCUCAUCUGAGAAGGGAACACGCUCUGCAGUUUCCUCGUUAGUUCCAGUCGGACAGCCCCAUCUCUCUCCUCUUUGAGAUCCAAUAUAUAUAAAUAUAUAUAUACUUAAACACUAUGCAACUUUGUACGUUUGCGUAGCGGGGAAGAAAUUAUUAUCUGACACACACUGGUGCUAUUAAUUAUUUCAAAUUUAUAUUUUUUGUGUGAAUGUGAUUUUUUGUUUUGUUUUGUUUUGUUUUUUAUCAUGAUUAUAGAGUGAGGAAGUCUCUUUUGUGUGUGUGUGUGUGUAUGUGUGUGUGUGUAAAUAUACUCAGCCAUAUUUCCAGAGUGGCACAGCCUGUCCUCCUCUCCGUGCUUUCCCCCGUAACCAUCACAUCACAUGCAGCAUGUAUUACUUCUGUCGUCUGUUCCUUUAGAGCUAGGUAUCCCCCCUACCUGGGCUCCCGCUCCCUUUCCUCCCUCAUGUUCUCAGUGUCUAUUUUGUGUGGUAUUAGCAAUAACCAGCUUGCCUGUUGAUGCAGUCAAGUGAUGGGCCGCUCCCUGGCCUUCCUUCCAAAGCCAGCCCCGGACGCCCGACAGACCCUGAAGCGCGUAGCUCGUAGGAACCGGUUCUGUGGGUCUCGGUUAUGGAAGUACUGUUACGCUGAUGUAUGUGGGGUGGGGGGUGGCUGUGGGUUUGCAGCUGGACUGUGAGGAGCCGCAGCGCUGUUUAGAGGCUAGACCCAAUGUUGAGGUGAUCCGAGAACCGAAUUUGGGAUCUUCUUAAUACCACUGUGGAAGGAAUGAGAACUUAGUGGGAGGCCUAGUGCGUUUUCCCAAACAGUGCUGCUGGACAGAGGUGGGGGAGUGUUUCCAGCAAACCCUGUAUCUCUCUUGUGCCCCUUUUCCUUUACCAAAAACUGACCUGGGAUUAUCCCCCUGCCUGUGAACACGCUUAGUACCACCCUUGGAGGAGAGUUUACCUGUGUUCACCUACACUUGUGGGACUUUCACAUCAGUAUUUCCUGGCUGGCUGCUCUGGUCGCAUGGCUGUCUCCUAACCAUGUCACCUCUCUGCCAAGGCUGUGGGAAGAGCAGACGCGAAGACGCACGCAUGCCCUGGCUGACCUCAGGCCUAAGGUUUC